CAUGGUUCGGUAUUCAACCAUAACACGAAUUGCUACAGAGACGCAGCAUCUCUGCACCCCCACUGUAGAAUGGACAGGUCCAGUAGGCCGCACCAUUGUUCGUAUUGCAGAUCUAGGUUUCGCAAGUUUGAACAUCUCCAGCGGCAUACACGCAUCCACACCAAUGAGAAGCCAUACGUAUGUGACUGCGGACAGUCCUUCACCCGACGAGACCUACUACGUCGCCAUCAGAGGCUCGUUCAUCCAUUACCCUCACCCUCACCCGCCACCAACAGUUCCAAGCCCGAUCUCAACAGCCAGGGAAUGCCCGGCGUCCGAGAGACGACACUAGCAUCUUCAACCGCCCCUGAGACGUUAACCCCUGCAACAGCGAUCUCUGCAAGUCAAAGUCAAGUCGCAGUUGAUGAUACCUUGGUCAUCACCCAAGGUGAUGCUGUGGUCAAACCAGGUCCUGUCCUGCCGUUACCCCCAGAAUAUCCCGAUAUGCUUCCGUCAAAUUUGGAACCAGACACUGAAGAUGGACCCCUGUCCAGCUUUCAGAAGUUCAUCGUCCAUAGUGGCCUAGUACCUCUACUUGGCGAUUCCAGACCCAAUAGGUUCAACCAACAUGAAAAAACUGGAAUCCCACACUGUUCGGGCCAUUUAUCCCAUGAAUCACAAGGCGAUAUCCAGUCAAAUUCCACGCUACCUCCAGUUCUGCAAGACGUACGCAUACACUCUGACACUAACAUGGACUAUCAAGAAAACAUAGACCCGUCGGAUUCUACGUUCCAAGUUUAUCUCAUCCAGAACCCCAAUUUCGUCCCUCCCUCAGCACAGACUACGGUCAGAUAUUUGAAGUCGUUCAUGAGAAAUAGCAGGUUUGAAGUCUUUCACCCUCGUGCGGACAUCAACCGUCUACCUGUCGUUGCGCGUCUAGCCAUACUUGCUAUAGGAGCAUGGCAUCUCUUUGAGGCACAUAGCGCCAUGCUGCUCUUUAGAGCAAGCAGAGACAUAGCCCUGGAGCUGUGGACGUCGCCUCGGCAUGACAGCACCCUAUUCGAGCAGCAAAACCACCCUGUUGACCUAGCUAGCGCAUUUCUAUCACUCCUAGAGUUCGUCAAGCUGGAGCAACCGGCUGACGUACUUCAGCAGCUCCAGAUUAUGCAGAGCGGUCUAGUCAGUUUUCUUAAGCCUAGAUCACGGGGAAAUCAACCCGAACCCACUUGGCGUGACUGGGUUGAAGCCGAAACUAGCCAGAGGAUACAGGCCUUUGGGUUUCUCUCAGUACUAUCACAUCAAUCCAUCUGCAGUCCUCAAACUCUCGUGGCCUUGGAGAGCCUCAAUCUAAGAUUUCCAUGCUCAGAGACGGUAUGGAACUCGACCAAAUCUGACGCAUUCAGACAAGAACCUGGAGUUGGCCAAGUUUAUUCCGGCACUGUGGCUGAAUUAAUUGACAGCCUCUUCUCCAAGACCGGGCCGCGGCAAGAUGUCCAACUCCAAAACUUCCCCAUCCAAUCUCUCUUCAUUCUAGCCGCAGCCCUCUUACAUCGAGUUACCCUGCUAAGUCAGAUGCCAACUAGUGUGUUGUCAGACGACCUCAUCAUCGUGGAGUAUAGACGUCUCGUCGAAAUCGUGGCGGAAUGUCGUCGAGUCCUAGCCACGGUGGAUUCUUCGAGCGUGCUUAUUAAUGAUACUGAGGUCUUGCUGCAGCUCGCGCUCACGCGGGCUGUUCUCCAUACUGGUCACGUCCAAGUGCAGACAAUGUAUACACCAAGUCCAGCCGAGCUACCGGCUCUAGUCCAAGACGGUCCUGGACCAUACCAAGACCUUGCAUUAAGCUCCUGGUUUGACAUGAAUGAAAUGGCCCGCUGUUUAGAAGAACCUGCAAAUACUGGUGUCACUUUCUUCAUACGUUCUCAGGUCAGUUGCUGGAGCCUUGAAAGGAUUAUGACCGUUUUCGAGUCAGUGACAAUUCUGGCCUCCUGGAUCUGUCACUUGCAUGAUGGAAAUGUUUCAUCUCAAGCCGAAAUGGGAGUAUUUCAUAACGUCCGAGCACUUUUACAAAUCGCAUCAUCUUCCAUGGAAAUGAUGGACGACAGAAUCAUGAGUUUGGGACCGAAAGAAGUAGCUGUAAUCUUGUUGAAGUUCUGGGGACAUAUUUUUGUGGACACCCAGAACAAGCCGUUUGCUAAGCAACUCGGCGAAAAGCUCUAUAAAUAUGCAGAAUUGAACAGGUGAGCACAGGUAGAAUUUGGAACAGCACCACGUACAGCAAGCAGCACGCCCUUUUUCUUCUUUUUUUUUCUUUUCUUUUAAUAAACUUUUUUGUAAGGGGAAAUCCAAGUAAAUGCAUCAAGUGACAGAUUUGAGAGUUCAUCCGAAGUUUCAGGUUAUCGAUGCUACUGGCCUCAGCUUGAAUAAUUCUUG